AUGACCACCAAACCCAUCACCGCCGCCUCCCUAGAGGCCCUGCUCGAGCACGACACCAAAGUCAAGCUGGCCGGCCUCGACGUCGACGGAAUCCUCCGCGGCAAGCUCGUCUCCAAGAAAAAGUUCCUCUCCAUCGCCACCGCCGGCUUUGGCUUCUGCUCCGUCAUCUUUGGCUGGGACAUGCACGACCAGACGUAUCUGCGCGAGCUCAAAAUCUCAAACGCCGAGAACGGAUACCGCGACCUGCUCGCCAUCCCCGACCUCGACAGCUUCCGCAGGAUACCCUGGGAGAACAACAUCCCCUUCUUCCUCAUCACCUUCCACGACCCAGACACGAAGCUGCCCAUUUGCGCAUGCCCGCGCGGGCUGCUGAAGACGCAGCUGGACCGCCUGCGCAGCAAGGGCUAUGGCGCCAUGGCCGGUGCUGAAUAUGAAUUCUACACUUUCCAGACCCCCGACGACUCGUCAUCUCCCGCCAACUUCCUCCAGAACAACCCCCCGCACCAGCUCCCCUCGCUCACCGAGGGCAUGUUUGGAUACUCCCUCACACGGCCCGUCCACAACCGAGACUGGUACUACGAAAUAUUCGACACCUGCGAGGCGUUUUCCUGCAAUGUCGAGGGCUGGCACACCGAGUCCGGUCCAGGUGUGUUUGAGGCUGCCCUCGAGUUUGGCCAAGUCGCCGAGAUGGCGGACCGCGCCAGCUUGUUCAAGUACGUCGUCAAGAGCGUUGGCGCAAAGCAUCGCAUCACUCCGUGCUUCAUGGCCAAGCCCAAACAGGGCCUCCCUGGAAACAGCGGUCACAUGCACGUCUCCAUCGUCGAUGAGAAUGGCAAAAACCUGCUGGCGAGAGAGACGGUUGACGAAAAUGCGCCGUGGAAGGAUGUCGCAGGGCUGUCAGACCUGGGACGUCAUUUCCUGGCCGGUGUCUUGGAGGGUCUCCCCGACAUCAUGCCUCUGCUUGCGCCCACAAUCAACUCGUACAAGCGUCUGGUCGAGAACUUUUGGGCCCCGGUGACCGUCUCGUGGGGUCUCGAGCACCGUGCCGCUUCUAUCCGUCUCAUUGCGCCGCCCACUUCCAAGGCUUCGGCCACACGGUUCGAGAUCCGCGUGCCCGGCGCCGACACCAAUCCCCACUUUGUCCUGGCCGCCGUCCUGGGCUGCGGCUGGCGCGGAGUCGAGAAGAAGCUCGAGAUUCCGUGUCCGCCGCUGGCCAUGGGCGAGAACGUUGGCGGCUCUUCCGACAAGGGGGCGCGAUUGGCCAAGAGCCUGCGAGAGGCUACGACGAGAUUCAUGGCCAAGGACAGCAUCGCAAGAGAGGUGCUGGGCGACGACUUUGUGGACCACUUUGGCGGCACCCGAGAGAAUGAGAUUCGACUGUAUGACGAAGCCGUAACAGAUUGGGAAAUGAAGCGGUAUAUUGAGGCCGUGUAA